CGAGGCAGCUCUAAAAGGGUCCAUCUAAAGGCGCGAAGCGUUGGGGUAGGGACCAUUCUCUCUGAAUCUGUUGAGCUAGAGAUCGUAGCAUGGAUUAAUAGCCUUAGACAGGAGGGGGUACCCGUGUCGCCCCGAAUGCUAACUUUCCAAGCUCAGCGGAUUGCUAUGGCGCGCCAACUGGGUAUCAAGCGCAUUUACAAUGCCGACCAAACAGUGUGUAUGUAUGAAGCUGCUUUAUUUGAAUAUUUGCCAAUGAAGAAAAUAAUCAAUGCCCGUAGUGCUAAAACGGUUUGGGCCAAGUGCGCGGGGUAUUCAAAAGAACGGGCAACUGUGAUGCUGUUGGGGGACUCGAACGGGGUCAAGCACACGCCGUUCGUCGUGUUCAAGAUGAAGCCAUCCAAGAACAAAGAAACUGUCGAGACCAACAACGAGAAGCGCUGUGGGUUCGGUGUUCGGACGUGGCCGGAAAUCAAGCGCAUCAAAGAGGAAACAGGACUGCAGAUUUACACGAACGAAAAUGGCUGGUGGAAUACAGAUCUUUCGAUACGAUUUCUAAAGUUUCACUUUUGCAACCGGUCAUUCUCAGAGGAGCCCAUCCUGCUUCUCUGGGACGACUUUAGCGGACACUGGACUUCGGAAGUGCUUCUCUACGCUGCUUCGAUCAAGGUCGUUUUGAUUAAGGUUCCGCCGAACGCCACCGCCGUCUGCCAACCGACAGAUGCACCAUGGAACUUCCCAUUCAAGUGGGGGCUCCGGAAGCUGUGGCUCGACGACAUGCAGGCGCAGCUAAACCAGCCGCGCCCAGAGGGCGAGAAGUUCAAGCUGGAACCUCCAGGACGUGCCGGAAUGUGCAGGUGGGUGCGUCGUAGCUGGAAUGGGCUAAACACCGACACUAUUGCGAAUGGGUACAAGAAGUGUAGUUUGCAGCUGAGCGACGAGUGCCUCGCCGCGGCGUCGCUGGUAGAUGAGCUGCAGCAGCUUUCGUUGGCUGGACCAGUUGUGGACGCUGACCAAGACGUCGACCACAUUAUCGAGGAAGCUGUCGUGUAA